GGGGAAUGGAUAGGAGCGAAAGGAAAGAAACCUGAAACGAGGUUAGAUAGAUGUUUAUAGCACGUUUUAACACGAAUAGAGCGACAUGUAUAAACUCGUUAUCUAGGAAGGUUUUAUUCUCUAAUUUUGCAAAGGCAAUUUUGAUAAAAAACAACAAAAAGAUACAAAAUGUCGAGAAGACCAGAACAUUUAGCCCCACCCGAAGUGUUUUACGAUGAAUCCGAAGCUCGAAAGUACACACAAAAUUCUAGAAUGAUAGACAUACAAGAACAAAUGUGUACACGUGCCUUAGAACUUCUUCUGCUACCAGAGGACCAAACAUUUUUACUCUUAGACAUUGGCUGUGGUUCUGGCUUAAGCGGCAGUGUAAUCGAAGAACACGGACAUGUGUGGAUUGGAAUUGAUAUAUCUCCUGCAAUGCUAGGAGUAGCUUUGGAAAGAGAAGUAGAUGGAGACUUAAUUUUAGGAGAUAUGGGUCAAGGAAUACCAUUUAAAGCAGGUACCUUUGAUGGAGCAAUUAGUAUUUCUGCACUACAGUGGUUAUGCAAUGCUGAUAAAAGUUCUCAUGAUCCAUCAAAACGCCUGUAUAAAUUCUUUUCCACCUUGUUCUCCUGUUUGUCAAGAUCUGCUAGAGCAGUGUUUCAGUUUUAUCCUGAAAACAGUGAACAAAUCCAACUAGUUACAACACAGGCCACAAGAGCAGGAUUUUAUGGUGGUGUAGUUGUAGAUUUUCCAAACAGUACCAAAGCAAAAAAGUAUUUUUUAGUCUUAAUGACCGGUGGACCUGCUGUUCUUCCACGAGCUUUAGACGUUAACGACGUCGAAACAGCCAUCCCAUAUGCAUCUAGAAGAGAUCAGUUAAGAAAAAUCAGAGGCAAACCUCUGAAGAAGAGCAGAGACUGGAUUCUUGAGAAAAAGGAAAGGAGACGAAAGCAAGGAAAGAAAGUAUCGGACGAUACAAAAUAUACCGGAAGAAGAAGAAGAUGUAAAUUUUAACGUCGAUUUAUUCUUAUACAUCUUUAAAUUUUUCUAAACAUACACGCGUAUAAAUUACAAUAGAUUGCAUUAUAACUUAAUCAGGAAUCAAGAAUUGGGACAAACUUCUGUGAACACCAGGAUGUACUGUUUUCUCUAAUUCUUCUCGAUCUAACCAACAGUGCUUUACAUUACUAGAAAUAUCACCGUUUAUAUACUUUGCCAGAAAAUAGAAAACUUUUGCUCCAUGUUUUCCUUCUGUUCGUAUACUUUUAGGGUAUUUAUAUUUAUAAAAUCCUAUUGGAGCAUUACCAUAAAACUGUACUUUUACAUUAUCUCCACAAAGUUCUUGCAAACUUCUAUGAGCAGUCUGAAACAAUAAGAGACCAUUAAUGUUGUAUUGAUAAUGGUAAUCAGAAAGAUGAGAAACUUAUGAUAAAGAUUACCUGUAUCAUAGUUUCUCUAUCUUGCCUUAUACUUUGAGGAGGAAUCCAAAAGUUGUUGUCACCAACUUUCUGUUCUACUAGUAAUAACAGAUUUUUAUCUAGCUUACGUCUCAAUGAUACAAUCACCUUAUCUUCAGCUUCUAUAAUACAUCACAAUUUUAGGACUCA